AUGCGCCGGCUGUUUGGGUUGCAUUUUCUCCCGAAAAGCGCUUGUCUGCCAACUCUAUUUUUUCCCUCCCAUCCUCCCGUCAACACAUCCGGCCUUGCUUCUCGUCCAUCCUCACAAGAAGCACUCUCUCGCCAGUCCCUUCUCCCGUUCCUUGUCCCGCCCGUCACCUCCCAACCACACAGCAAUGGCCCCCCCAGCCGAGACCUUUUCCCGCGAGGACGUGCCAUCGUCUAUGACCUGACCGACUUCGCCAUGGCGCACCCCGGCGGCGAGGCCGUCCUGCUGCAAGUCGCCGGCCAGGACGCCACCACGAGCUUUUACAACCUGCACCGCCAGGAAGUCCUCCAAAAGUACAGCGACCUCGCCAUCGGCACUGUCAAGGGCGAGACGCCCCAGGUCGUCGUCCCCCAGCCCGGCGACCUAUCCCCGAUCCCCUACGCCGAGCCCCUCUGGCUCACGCCCGCCUUCCACACGCCCUACUACAACGACUCCCACCGCGCCCUGCAGAAGGCCGCCCGCGUCUUCGUCGACGAGCACCUCAUCCCCGAGGCCCAGGAGUGCGAGACCACCGGCCGCUACAUCUCCCAGGCCAUGAUUGACCGCAUGGCCCGCGAGGGCAUCCUGCACAUGCGUCUCGGUCCCGGCAAGCACAUGCACGGCGUCAGCCUCUUUGGCGGCGUCAUGCAGGGCGACAAGUUUGACUACUUCCACGACCUCAUCAUCGGCCAGGAGUUCUCCCGCACCAUGCAGCGCGGCUUCCAGGACGGCAACAUGGCCGGCAUGACCAUUGGUCUCACCUGCGUCCUCAACUUUGCCCACGACGAGGCCUGGAAGAAGAAGAUCGCCGACGAGGUCUUUAGCGGCAAGAAGAAGCUCUGUCUCGCCAUCACCGAGGCCUUUGCCGGCUCCGAUGUCGCUGGCCUGCGCACGACGGCCGAGAAGACGCCCGACGGCAAGCACUACAUUGUCAACGGCACCAAGAAGUGGAUCACCAACGGCUGCUGGAGUGACUAUUUUGUCACAGGUGUGCGAACCGGCAAGCACCUCUCCGUGUUGCUGAUUCCCCGUGGUGAGGGCGUCGAGACCAAGCCCAUCAAGACGUCGUACUCGCCCGCCGCCGGAACCGCCUACGUAACCUUUGACAAUGUCAAGGUGCCCGUCGAGAACCUGCUUGGCGAGGAAAACAAGGGCAUUCAUGUCAUUCUGUCCAACUUUAACCACGAGCGCUGGAUGAUGUGCACGGCCACUGUCCGCUCCAUCCGCACCAUUGUUGAGGAAUGCCUCAAGUGGUCCAACCAGCGCCUCGUCUUUGGCCAGCGCCUGAUUGACCAGGCCGUUAUUCGUCACCGCCUCGCCAAAAUGAUUGCCCUUGUCGAGUCUCACCAGGCCUGGCUCGAGAGCAUCACCUAUCAAAUGUGCCACAUGCCUUACAAGCAGCAGGCCCAGCACCUCGCCGGACCCAUUGGCCUGCUCAAGAUGAGCUGCACCCGCGCCGCCCACGAGGUCGCCGACGAGUCCGUCCAGAUUUGGGGUGGCCGCGGCCUCACCCAGACUGGCAUGGGCAAGCACAUUGAAAUCUUCAACCGCACCUACAAGUUUGACUCGAUUCUCGGCGGCUCCGAGGAGAUUCUCGGCGAUUUGGGCGUCCGCCAGGCCAUGCGCAACUUUCCCAAGUCCAUGUUGUAA